CUUUCGAUUCGCUCGCGACUUGUCAGCGAUGGAGCUCCAAGCGGGCCACGAACUGCUAUUGGUACCUUAAACUGUGGACUCGUAUGUGGACCAAUGGCGUCAUCGGAAUGGUGCCAGUGGUGCCAGGAGCGCGCUGUGCCGAGGAACUUUGCUCAACUUCACUCCUUCCACACCGCUAGCAUCUUAUGUCUGGAUAUACGGACGAACACCGGAGCAACUCAAAUCCCCUCUUGCAAUCCUAUUGUACCUAUAGAUUGCGGUCCUUGAACAAAGACUAAGCGCCCGGCCUACCCCUCCUGCUCGCAAGGGACGACCCGACAUCGAACGUUGUGCCUCACAUGCGUAGGAAUUGCUUUAUAAUCAAGUGCUUUGAAAUCUACCCCUGAAUUCUUAACAUCAAGAGACUUCCCCUUGAUCUCCCCGCUCCUAUCACGAUGUCAGGCCAACAGACCCGCCAAUGGAUCCUCGCAAACCCCCCAACAAAGGACCCCAUCCUCAGCGGCCCCAACGCAACCUUCAACCUCGAAACCACCACCCUGCCCUCCCCAGGAGCCAACCAAGUCCUCGUCAAGACGCUCUACCUCUCCAACGACCCGGCCCAACGCGCCUGGAUCCAGCUCAACACCGACCCGGCGCGCCUCUACACCACGCCCGUCACGAAAGGCGAGGUCAUGCGCGCCUUCGGCGUGUGCGAGGUCGUGGAGUCCAACGCGCCGAACCUCAAGCCGGGGCAGCUGGUGUCCUGCGUGCCCGGCUGGAGCGAGUACGCCGUCCUCGACGCGAAGGAUUGCCGGCCUAUUCAGCCCGACGAGAAAGCAGGCAUCAGACCUACGCACUUCAUCGGCGCGCUCGGCGGGCCUGGGCUCACCGCGUAUUACGGCCUCGUCGACGUCGUGCGCGCGCAGCCCGAGGAUGCCGUCGUAGUUUCUGGCGCUGCGGGCGCGACUGGGAACAUGGUGGUCCAGAUCGCAAAGCACAUCGUGGGCUGCCGCAGAGUGAUUGGGAUCGCGGGCGGGGAGGCGAAGUGCCGCUGGGUAGAAUCGCUGGGCGCGGACAUCUGCGUCGACUACAAAGCGCCCGAUUUCAAAGAGCAGUUGUGGAAAGCGACGGAGGGCUUCGUAGAGAUUUACUUCGACAACGUCGGCGGCGACAUUCUGGACCUGAUGCUGAAGCGCGUCAAGCGCUUCGGACGGAUCGCGGCGUGCGGCGCUAUCGCAAGGUACAAUGACCCUGAGGCGGGCGGGCUGAAGAACUGGAUGGAGAUUAUUGUCAACAGGAUAGAGGUCAGGGGAUUCAUUGUAACGGACGCGAUCACGGCGGGCAAGUCUGGGCCCAUGGUGCAGAAGAUUGUGGAGAAGAUUAAGGAGGGGAAGAUCAAGAUUGGCGAGGAUAGCGAGACGGUGGUGCCGACGAGGUUUGAGGAUGUGCCGAAGACGUGGAGGAUGCUUUUCGAGGGGGGCAAUCAGGGGAAGUUGGUUACGGAGAUCAAGGGGUGAAAGGGGAUGCUGACUGAUGUUUCGCGGGAAGUAUGGAACUGGAUGUCUGGGGGGUGAGUUGAAGUGGACCGUGAAGAUAGUACAGAGGCUUUUUCCUGUGCUAUAGAAAAUUGGUAGUUAGGCGAUGCCCUUUCCAUGCAGAUGUUCGCACGCCAUCGUACCUGACCAUCAU